CGUUAGAAGGGCGGGUUCUAGCUGCUGAUGGAAAUACCCGGUUCUCCCACCACUCUCCUCUACACCCCACCUCCUGCUUCCCCUCUGCGGAGGGAGGACAACGGAAAGAGAGGCCACAGGCGGAAGUGACGUUUGGUGUUGUGGCACUGGGAAAUGGCGGCUGUUGAGCUGAGGGGAAACGCGAUGCUGGGCCCAGGAACAGGAAGCAAAUGGUCCUCUUGGGUUUGUUUGAGUUUACUCAGCGUUAUCAGCGCCAGUAUCGCCGCGGAGGUGUCUAAAUGGAGUAUCCCUGUUACAGAGCUAAAUUCUAAUUAUACAUUCAGGAAGACUCUUUUCAAUGGCAGCACUAUUUUUUUAAAAUUUCUUGAUGGGAAGAAUACAUGUGAUCCCUCACUGACUUUUAACAUCUCAUGGUACCUCAGGUAUUCACACUGCUACAAUGAAGUCUUCAACAUGCCAGAUGAGCAAAAUAUUGUGUACUUUGAAAACAAUCGUGAAGUACAUGAUGGAUGGUCAGGAAGCUAUGCACAGAAUUUCAUUGUUGUUGACAACUGCACAGAGCUCUUGAAGCCGCAGUCGUACCAGCCAUCUUUAAUCCAUGUGAAGAAAUUGGAGCCCCUGAAAGAGAAUCCAGGAAACAGUCAAGAUGACAAUAAAAAUGAUACAACAAUCGAAACAAUUUCACCUCCACACUCUACACCUGAGAGGACUGGCUUGUUCACAAGCUGGGAAGAUGGGCCAUAUUUAUUGAUAAUUAAAAUACAAGCAUCACAUAAAGAUUCAAAGAAAGAAAAGAAUCAAGCUGCAGAAUCUGCAGCAAAAAUAACUGAGCAUGUGACCAAAAAAAGUAAAACGGAGGAAAACACUAAAGUGAAGAUUGUGCCAGCAGAGGAAGAUCACCUGUCACUCGCAAUGAUUGUGGAAAUGAAAGGGCAAUAUGAUUUCAUCUCCCCUGCAGACUGGCCACUAAUGAUGUUUUUCAUGGUGAUGUGCAUUGUGUAUGUGCUCUUUGGGGCUCUCUGGCUGGUCUGGUCUGCAUGCUACUGGAGGGACCUCCUACGCAUCCAGUUUUGGAUUGGAGCAGUCAUCUUUCUGGGAAUGCUGGAGAAAGCUGUCUUUUAUGCAGAGUUCCAGAGCAUCCGGUACAAGGGUCAAUCAGUGCAAGGAGCAGUGAUUUUUGCUGAAUUACUUUCUGCCCUGAAGCGUUCCCUUGCUCGUGUUCUGGUCAUCCUAGUCAGUCUUGGCUAUGGAAUUGUGAAGCCUCGUCUGGGAGCCAUGCUGCACAGAGUUAUUGGCGUCGGUGUUCUCUAUCUAAUUUUCUCAGCAAUUGAAGGGAUACUUCGAGUCACAGGAGAGAAUUUCGACUUGGCUCUUCUGGCCUUUAUCCCUCUGGCUGUUCUCGACACUGCCCUUUGCUGGUGGAUCUUCAUCAGCUUGACACAGACCAUGAAGAUGCUGAAGCUAAGAAGGAAUGUUGUGAAACUCUCUUUAUACAGGCAUUUCACAAACACACUCAUCUUUGCUGUCAUAGCAUCAAUAUUUUUCAUUAUUUGGACAACAAAGAAGUUCCGGCUGGCAGACUGUCAAUCAGACUGGAGAGAGCGGUGGAUAGAUGAUGCAUUCUGGCGAUUGCUGUUUUCCGUCAUUCUGUUGGUUAUAAUGAUCUUGUGGAGGCCUUCAGCAAACAAUCAAAGGUUUGCUUUUUCCCCUCUGGCAGAUGAUGAUUAUGAUGAUGAACUAAAAGAACCAAUGCUCAAUGAAGCUUUUGAGGGAAUGAAGAUGAGGGGUACAAAAGCGGAGUCUAAUGGCUCUGCGAAACUUAAUAAAGUGGAUGAAGAUCUGAAAUGGGUUGAAGAAAAUGUUCCAUCUUCCAUGGCAGAUGUUGCACUUCCAGCACUUCUAGACUCGGAUGAGGAAAUUAUGACAACGAAAUUUGAGAUUUCAAAAAUGGAGUAAACAUUACAUGAACCGAAAACAUUGCACUUGUUCUUUAAAUAACUCUGACCAGGAAAAGGUCUCUUCAGACUGCAGAAAGCUCCGAAACUGUACAGUGUCACAUGAUGACUUCACUGAAGUUGGGGAGGGGUGGUGCUGGGUGGGCAGAGGUGUUUUAUACAUGGUUAAAGUACAAUUCUGUUUAUUUUAAAUGACUAAAUUAUUUUGCUAAUGCUUGCAAUAAGGUGUCUUGUUUGGGUAAAAUUAUGCUUUUUGUUCCAGUUAAAUUACUGGUCUGCUGCUAAUCCUAAGCAAAGUGUUAGAGGUCAAAACUACCCAGCUGAUGUACUUUCUUAUUUUCCAACCCCACUUUGCCAAAUGAAGUGAAAAACAAGGCUGCCUCUCUACUCCAGUGCCAGGUUUCUCACUAACACACAGGGAGUAUAUUGGAGGUGUUGUAUUACCACUUGUCCUCUGCACCCCCAGAAAAUUGCUUCUGUCCCCAGGAUACUUCUGCUGAUAAUUUGUGUAUAUUUCAAGGAGAGAGAUCAGUAUACUAGUUUCUAGCAUGUACAUUUGGAUUUGAGUUGCUGAUUGCCAGUAGUGCUGGCAGAAUGAGUGCCUAUUUAGCUUGAAUUGGCAGGAGAAUUAAGUCUGUAAAUUUGGUAUUGGAGAAGUUUGGUAAAACUGUCAAGGCAGCUUUAUUGUGGUGAUCUUGUUUUCAAAUCAAAUAAAAAUUAUAUGGGUGAAAUUCUA